AUGGCGACGAAUAUCUCGCGCGCGCUGUUCCUGUCAGCGACUGCGAACUCCACCACGCCUUUUCUAUACCACACCCGGACUCUCUGCCCGAUAUUACGUUCCUUUCAGACUCCGGCAACACCCCGACUUCGACAUUCGUACUCUACGAGAACCGACGAACCCAAAGAGAGUGAUGAACCCGAUUCCCACCGCUCGCAAAACGUCGGUGAUACAGAAUACCUCAGCUACGAUGCUCUCGGCGAAGAUCCCUUCAUAAGGCCUCCGGUCAGCAGCUAUCCUUCGCGAAAAAGCUACCUCCGCAGUCGCGGCUCUUCUUCCAAAGCAAGGCAUUCAUCGAGAACGCAGGAGCAGUUUAAGUCGGUGACAAAUCGGGAGAAACAAGCAUUUGGCCGACUCUUGAGUCAAUUCGAGGCCAGCAGGCUCACUGCAGACGAGAACAAUGGCCGAGUGACCCAGGGCACAAAGCAACCACAGAACUCACCGCAUCCUGAACAAGAUGAUAUAGCAAAGCUGAUGAAGGUGUUCGAGGAGAUAAUGGAUACCGGGGAUCGAGAGAAAGCAAAAUCGGAAAGCCGGUCGACAUCGGCGUCAAAUUCUGGUGGAAGUCCGGAUGACGACUCCUUGCCUAAGAAGCGAAAUCUACCAGACAUGUCUAAUGGAAUCCCAUUGGGUGAGAGGCUGUUCACCCGUGAAGAGCUUGGCUUGCCCUCUCCCCGCAGUGGCAAGGAUCUGAAGCUCUCAAUGGCACAGGCUACCGCUAUUGUCGUGCAGCGAGAACAGUCCUUGAUCGAGAGUGCACUUUUCGAAGCGAUUGAGGGAAAUAAAGGCGAUAUUGGCGUUUGGGAGGUGUGUAAGACACGCAUCUUCUCAAUGUUACGCUACAUGGACAAGCAAAACUCAGCUAUACCAUCUAUGCCGAGCGACGAAGACACGUCCGACUCUCCACUGGCUGAGAAUGCUGUUAUGAUUCCUCCAAAGAUACCAGCUGGACUGGUCAUCACUCAACUCUACCCACGUGCAGUCCUUAUGGCCUUUCGUCUGCUGAAUACGCACUUUCCCGACUCUCACCUUGCCGGUCAAUUCCGUGCAAGUAUCAAGGCACAGGGACGGACAUCCGCUUUUCUGGGAGCGUCCCCGCAACUCUACGCUGAGAUGGUUGAUUUCUACUGGCACGGUUGCCGUGACCUCCCAGCUGUACUUUCUUUCCUACAGGACAUGGACAUGCAUGGUCUUGUACCCCCGCGUGAUACGAUCAGGCUUCUUCGUCUGAUUGAACGCGAGGGCAAAACCUACCAGAAGUCUGGCAGUGACGAUGCGGGUAUCAAGGCUUUUUGGGAUCUAUCCCCGAACAAGAAGGCCUUGCAUGAGCUUGUUAAGAAGGGCGGGUGGUUUGAUCAUUGGAGAGCACUGAAGCCUGUGAGACGGAAAUCUUCAGAAAUCGACAAACAUAGAGCCCGCCAGGUUUAA